AUGAACACCAAUAUUGCCAACCCCGAAGAGUGGGGUUCGAAAAAAGUAGAAGACCAACUACAGCCCAUAAUAUGCGAAAUGAGCCCUGCACCAGAAUUAUUACUAAACACAAUCCGCUGCACCUGCAAAACGGAUACAAAUGAGCCGUGUGGUAGUGAUAGAUGUACUUGUCGACAGUAUGGUGUUAAUGGUCAUCACAAAUGCGUGUGCGGCAAAGAAUACAUGUACGCAUACAAUUUAAAAAAGCACCAAGCUGUAGAAUGUCAGGAAAGAACACCCUACGAGUGCAAACUAUGCAAUUACAAAACGAACAUACUUGGUAAUCUCAGGAUCCACUACAAGAGUCUGAAGCAUUUAAGUUUGCAGUUUAGACACGAAUGCGAAGAUUGCGGAAAAUCCUACAAAAAUAAAAAAGAUUUGAACAAGCAUCAACGAUUAGAAUGCGGAAAAGAACCCUCUUUUACUUGUGUUGCCUGUUGCUAUAAAACUACUAGAAUAGAAAAUUUGAAUUCUCACAACAGAAGCCAAAAGCACUUGAGGAAUAUUCAGUAUUUGAAAAAAUAA